CCUCCACUCCUACAGAUCCUCCCAGGUUUCUCACAAUUCAGACCACAGCUCCGCUGCCUCCUCCCCCUCCCGCAGAUCCUCCUCCACCAGCUUUUCCACAGCUCCCUCACCACCAUCCCAUUUAUCAUCCGCCACCAGCUUUUCCACAGCUCCACCAACCCCAUUCCACAGCUCCUCCCCUGCUUUCUCACAAUUCAGGUCCCUGUUACUCCCCCUGGCUUUCUCCAAUGGUCGCACCCAGAUACUCCUCCCCCAGCACUGCCUUCACCCCAAGCCCCGCCCUUCUUUUUGCCUAGCCCUGCCCACUGUCCACUGGUCAGGAGGUCCCAACCUGUCCUGGUCAUCUUGUGAGCCUCUGUGUCCGUUGAAACCUCCUUGGUCCUGGUGGUUUCCAAUUCCUGCUGAGUAGAAGACUGUUUUGCCUAGAGCAGGUGUGUGCUGCUGAGACACCAAGUCCUCCCGAGAGCCCUCUGGGUUCCUGACUCUGUGCCCCUGCCAUGGCAGCCCCUGCUUGUAGCCAAUCUGAAGAUGAGGGCUUCAGCAGCCAAGAUGAACAGGAGACAAGCAGCAGAGAGGACUCUGGAGAUGCUAAGUCAGCGCUUCAUGAUGCCAUAUAUUUGAAGAUGACUGAACUGGUGGAGUUUCUACUCCUGAAGUAUCGUGCAAAACAGCCAACUACUAAGGCAGAAAUGCUGAGUAGAGUCAUAAAAAACUAUCAGGACCACUUCCCUGUGAUCUUCAGCCUAGCCUCUGAGUGCAUGCAGUUCCUCUUUGGCAUUGAUGUGAAGGAAGUGGACCACAUCAACCUUACCUAUGUCCUGGUCACCACUUUGGGGCUUACAUAUGAUGGGAUGGUGUCCCAUGGGCAGUCCAUGCCCAACACUGGCCUCCUGGUCAUGCUCCUGAGAUUGAUCCUUGCAGAGGGCGACUGUGCCCCUGAGGAAAAUGUUUGGGAAACACUGAAUAUCAUGGGUGUGUGUGAUGGGAAAGAGCAUUGGAUCUAUGGGGAGCCCAGGGAGCUCCUCACCAAAGUUUGGGUGCAGGAAAAGUACGUAGAGUACCGGCAGGUGCCCAACAGUGAUCCUGCACGCUAUGAGUUCCUGUGGGGUCCCAGGGCUCACGCUGAGACCACCAAGUUGAAAGUCCUCAAGUUUUUUCUCAGGGAUUAUAGAAGGAAUCCCGGUUCUGUCCCAUCCCUAUUUCAAGAGGCUCUGAGUGAUGAGGAAGAUGAUGCCUGAGCCAAGUUUCCCCAAGGCAUAUUUCAGACCCACAUCUGACAUGAUGUGAGGCCAAUUCUUCACUGUGUUUAAGAGGAUAGUCAACAUUCUAAGUAAUGAGGCCCAGGGAAAGUUGGAGGAAUAAGGGGUUUAGUAAAUUUGGAUUUAGAAAUCUAUCCUCGUUUUGUGUAGAAAUUUUCAAAUGUUGUUCCUUUCCAUCAAAGGUUUCAUAAGCUUCAGUAUCUGUUUGUGAAUGGCAUUGACCGUACAUGUAUUUGUACUAUCCAGUUCAAGAGUUUUGCUAUUGUGUAACGCAAAUUAAGACACCUUCCAUCCUACUCUGUGAUCCCAAACUAGAUAAUAUGGCAUUGGAAAAGGAUUUCCUUAGAAAUGUGAAAGAACUCAUCAGUACAUUCAGUGGGUUCAAAAAAGAAAAAUAAAAGCAAAAGGUUAUUA